AUGCACCGGGAGUCUGCAGACACUGUUCCUCAGGGUCCCAACCAGCCAUGUCCAUCAAGCACCAAAAGCCAGGUAGCCACCACCCUGCUGCCAGCUGCAAGACAGAGCCUCUUUGACCACGCUGUCGGCACAGACCCACCGGCAGAAAGCACCGGGCAAAGGCAGAACAGAGGGAUGAGGACUCGCCUGGGCUGCCUGUCUCACAAAUCAGACUCAUAUAAUGAUUUCACAGCUAUUCUUCCGGACAAGCCCAACCGGGCUUUGAAAAGACUGUCAACAGAAGAAGCAACAAGAUGGGCAGACUCUUUUGAUGUCCUUUUGUCCCAUAAAUAUGGGCUGGCUGCUUUCCGUGCUUUCCUGAAGACAGAGUUCAGUGAGGAAAACCUGGAGUUCUGGCUCGCCUGUGAGGACUUCAAGAAGACCCGCUCAGCAGCCAAGCUGGCCUCCAAGGCUCAGCGCAUCUUCGAGGAGUUCAUUGACGUGCAGGCUCCUCGAGAGGUGAACAUAGACUUCCAGACACGGGAGCUGACAAGAAGAAAUAUGCAGGAGCCCUCCCUCUCUUGCUUUGACCAAGCUCAGGGGAAGGUGCACAGCCUGAUGGAGAAAGACUCUUACCCCAGGUUCCUGAGAUCCAAAAUUUACACAGACCUGCUGUCUCAAACCCAGAGGAGGCUCAGCUAG